AUGUUGGUCGGCGGCGGUGUUUGCCGCGCGGCAAACGGCUUUGCCGCUGCUUUGCCGCUGCCACUCGCACGGCAGCACCACAACCCACAACCGUUGACACCACCCACUACCACCACCAUCAUCCGCCGCCGUCACCCCCCUCCGCCGCCACCCGCCACCACACGCCGCCACCUCCGAUCACCGCCGCCGUCGCCACCAACCUCCGCCACAACUAUCAAGCGCAACCAUCCACCGCCACCGCGGCUACCACCUGACUACCGUCACCGCCGCUACCACCCCCGACCACUGCUGCCACCCACCUCCGCGGUUACCCACCACCACCGCGGUCAACCACCACCACCGCUGUCACCACCUGCCGUCGUCUCCACCCACCACCGCGCCAACCACCGCCGCUGCUACAACCGCCACCUAUCACCUCCCACCAUCACCGCCCAUCAUUGA